AUGACGGAGAGUGUGCUCGCUCACCCCGAAGUUGCCUGCGCGGAAACGCCUCCUGAUUGCGACGUGGACUUGCGCAUUCGGCGCAUGGAGUACCGCGUGAAGAAGCGCAACGCCAUGCAACCGGAAUUCUUGCAGGCUUUCUCGGAAGUCUGCGAGUCGCUGAAGCACUUCCUAAGGCAAAACCCGCAGUACAUCAGCGCGCUCGAAGUCAUUGCAGAGCCCGAGAGGGUCGUAACCUUUCGAGUGCCCUGGUUUGACGAUAAAGGCUCACUACGCGUCAACUGCGGCUACCGCGUGCAGUAUAGCUCUGCAAUUGGUCCGUGCAAAGGUGGCUUGCGUUUUCACCCCACUGUGUCUCUGUCGGUGAUCAAGUUUCUCGGAUUUGAACAGAUAUUCAAGAACAGCCUUACAGGGCUUCCGAUGGGUGGGGGCAAAGGGGGCUCUGACUUCGACCCAAAGGGAAAGUCAGUAAAUGAGAUCAGACGAUUUUGCCAGAGUUUUAUGACCGAGCUGGCAAAACACAUUGGCCCCUCUCGAGACGUUCCAGCAGGUGACAUUGGCGUGGGAACACGUGAGAUUGGAUUUCUGUUUGGUCAAUACAAACGACUGUCGUCCAAUUUCGAAGGAGCUAUAACGGGGAAGGAUGUGGGGUGGGGAGGUUCGGAGAUACGGCCAGAAGCAACAGGAUACGGCUGCGCUUAUUUUGCUGAAAAUGUACUAACUAAGCUAUUGAAUGAAAGCCUAAGAGGAAAGACUUGCACCUUAAGUGGCUGUGGGAAUGUGGCAGUGUACUGCGCUGAGAAAUUGCUAGCCAUGGGCGCCAAAGUGUUGACCCUCAGCGACAGCGAAGGCAUGAUCUAUUGCUCCCAGGGAUUCUCGAAGGAGGACAUUCAACGUAUUAAAGAAGCAAAAGCUGCAGACUCUUGUGUUCGCGUUAGGUCGUUUGCAGACGGUGACACUAUUGUUUUCCAGCACAACGAGACACCUUGGGCUGUGGCUGCUGAUCUGGCGUUUCCUUGUGCAAAGGAGAAUGAAGUUGAUGACAUUGCUGCAGCAAAAAUGUGCAAGAAUGGCUGCAGAGUGGUCGUUGAGGGGUCUAACAUGCCUCUGACGCCCAAGGCCACGGAAACGUUCACUAAAAACGGAGUGAUUGUCUGUCCUGGCAAGGCGGCGAAUGCAGGUGGAGUAGCUGUGAGCGGUCUGGAGAUGAGCCAGAAUGCAAUGCGAUUACAUUGGACUCGCGAGGAAGUGGACACGCGACUAAAACAAAUCAUGAGCGACAUCUUUGAAAAGUGCACUGCUGCAGGCAAGGCUUAUGGCAGGGAUGAGAGGGAUUUAGUGGCUGGAGCAAACGUUGACGGUUUCCGUAAAGUUGCGGACGCAAUCAUCGCGGAGGGUUACUUGUAA